AUAUAGACGCUUCUGCAGUUCUGCCGUGCGGUGUUCUGAUCUUCAGAUUGCGUACCGUUUUGGUGUAAAGCAUUUUCCGGUUUGCCGUAAUGGGGAAGAGAAAGAAGAACCCUAGAGUUUCCGACGAGGAUUUGGAGGAAGAAGGCGAGGAAGCGAGUCCAAAUCGAGAAUCAGCUCACGCUUCUUCUUCUUCUGCUGCCAAUGAGAAGAGCCUGUAUGAGAUACUGGGGGUGGAAAGAACAGCAUCUCAACAGGAAAUAAAGAGAGCAUACUAUAAGUUGGCUUUGCGCCUGCAUCCAGAUAAGAAUCCUGGUGAUGAGGAGGCCAAUGAGAAAUUUCAGCAGUUGCAAAAGGUUAUGUCAGUUCUUGGUGAUGAGGAGAAACGUGCAGUUUAUGAUCAAACUGGCUGUGUUGAUGAUGCUGAUCUUGCAGGAGAUGUUGUCCAGAACCUGAAGGAAUUUUUCCAAUCCAUGUACAAAAAGGUCACCGAGGCUGACAUUGAAGAGUUUGAAGCAAAUUAUAGGGGCUCGGAUUCAGAGAAGAAAGAUCUGCUUGAUCUGUACACAAAGUACAAGGGUAACAUGAGCAGGCUCUUCUGCUCUAUGCUCUGCUCAGAUCCAAAAUUGGAUUCACAUCGUUUUAAAGAUAUUCUUGACGCAGGAAUAGCUGCAGGUGAUCUGAAGUCAACUAAAGCAUAUGAGAGGUGGGCUAAGCAAAUAUCUGCAAUAAAACCGCCUACAAGUCCUUUAAGAAGGAAGAAGAAAUCUAAGAAAGACUCGGAAGAUUUGUAUGCCAUAAUCGCUCAGCGACAGAGUGAGAGGAGAGGCAAGAUGAAUUCUCUGUUCUCAUCCCUUGUGAGUAAAUAUGGUGGAGACCAAUCUGCUCCAGAGCCUAAUGAAGAAGAAUUUGAAGCUGCUAGACAAAAACUUGAGAGGAAGAAGAAGAAGAAAUCAAAGGGGAAGUGAACGGGAUAUAUGUGCAGAAAAAUUCAGUUCUAUCUCCAAGUUUAUCUUUGAAUUCUUGUUUGCUCUGUUUAGUGUUGAUUGGUGUCAUUAAUGUGUGCACCAAUUUUCAUUUCUCUAGCUCCAUCUCCCAAGUCUAGUCAUGAAACAAUCUGAGAACUUCUAGGUUUCUGGACAAAUUUUGAAUGUGAAAAGGUUUCUAAAAUAGGAAAAUGCUACUGCUGCCCCAAAGUAUUUCUUUCUUGUGCA